AUGACGCAACCUUUCGGUUUCCAACAGGCGGUUUCUCGGGUCCAGGCUGGUGAGAGCGUCAACGAUGUUGCCCUUGGCUUGCUCGAUCAACUUGCUCGAAAGGAAAAGCUGGCAUUACUGCAAGGUGAUCUACCCUUUUGGGAAGGCUUUGCUGGCCUUUUCGGAGGCGUCUUCACCAAGAAGCCUUACGGACACGGCGAGAUCAAGCGUCUAGGCCUUCCCGGGAUACAGUACUGCGAUGGUCCUCGCGGUGUUAAUAUCAAUAAAGCUACUGUGUUCCCUUGCAGCAUGGCCCGGGGUGCAACCUGGGAGCCGCGUCUAGAAGAACGCAUUGCCCUGGCUAUUGGUCGUGAGGCUCGAGCCUACGGCGCCAAUUGUGUUGGGAGUGCUUGUAUCAAUCUGCCCCGGCAUCCUGCAUGGGGUCGUAUCCAGGAAACGUACAGCGAAGAUCCUCUACUGUUGGGAGAGUUUGGGGUAGCUCACGUUCACGGCCUCCAAGAAAACGUUAUGGCUUGUGUCAAGCACUAUGCCCUCAACUCAAUGGAGACCUCCCGGUUCCGUGUUAAUGUUACUAUCGAUGAUGACGCCCUUCACGAAGUGUUUCUACCACAUUUCAAACGCUGCGUCGAUGCCGGUGCGCUCUCUAUUAUGACGGCAUAUAAUGCUGUUAAUGGAGAGUGGUCCGGUGAGUCUGAGGUGUUAAUCCGUGACAUUCUGCGGCGCAAGUGGAAAUUUGAUGGCGUCACAAUCACAGAUUGGCUCUUUGGGCUUCGGGAUGGCGUGAAGUCCGUCAAGGCUGACCUUGAUAUCGAAGCUCCCUUCCAGAACCGUCGUCAAGCAUCGCUUCAACUCGCCUUAGAUUCCGGAGAGAUCAAAUGGUCAGAUAUCGAUAGGAUCGCCGCCCGGAUCAUUCGAACGCAACUCAGGUUUUUUGCGAGUCGCCAGACUCCAGAGCCCACUCAGGACAUUAUAUUUUGCAAGGAACACCGGGACCUGGCUAGAUAUGUAGCAUCUAGAGCUAUUGUGCUACUCAAGAACGACAAAAGACAGGAAAAACCUCUUUUGCCACUUGAUCCUAACACCAAGAGCUGUUCAGUUAUUGGGCGUCACGCUAAUUCAGCCUUAACCGGCGACCGAGCCUCAUCCUGGGUUGAUUGCCCCGAGGUCACGUCUCCGUAUCAAGGCAUCAAAGAGCAGCUGCCUAAUACUAUCGUCCAUCUCUCAGCAUCAGAUGACGAAGAAGAAGCGGUUCGUGUGGCUAAGAAAAGCAAAGUGGCCAUCAUCAUUGUUGGGUAUGAUGGAAAUGAUGAAGGAGAGUUCCUCAAGCCCUCCCACGAGCAUGAUGCCGACGCCUUAGCCUUGCUCCCCAAGCCGGACAACUCCCCUGAAGCUCGAGCGGUUCAGCAAGGCAGAAAAAAGGCCGCUGAUGCCGCCAACAGGCCAGACCCAGGAGAUGGGAGCCGACCCGCGGAUGACUUGGCUAGUCGCCCGACAGGCGGUGACCGGAGGAGCGUCCGUCUGAGGCCGCAAGACGUGAGACUUAUUCGCUCUGUUGUCGCGGCGAACCCCAACACAGUGGUUUCAAUUAUCACCGCAGGAGCUGUCAUUACUGAAGAAUGGCGUCAACUUGUGCCCUCGAUUCUGAUAAGUUGGUAUAAUGGCUGUGAGAAUGGUCGCGCUCUCGCCGACGUGUUAACCGGUAAAUCGAACCCAAGCGGGAGACUGCCGUGGGCCAUGCCACGAUCGGAGGCACAUUUGCCUUCUUUCGAGGCAAGCACGAACGAAGCAACCUAUGAUAAAUGGUUCGGCCAGAGGAUGCUCGACAAGAUGGGAGUCAGAGCUGCAUAUCCCCUCGGAUAUGGCCUUUCGUAUACUGAGUUCAAGAUCGAGAAAGCAGAGCUAUGCAGAUCUUGGCCUGAUGUGGACUUGAACAUUAAGAUCAAAGUGAUGAUGAGGAAUACUGGCAGCAGAUCUGGAUGGUGCGUUGUGCAGGUAUAUGGACGCCCCGACCUGGGACCUGGACCACAUGACUUUCCUCACUUUUUACUCGCGGGAUUCAAGGCCGAAGAGCUUGAAGCUGGACAGUCAAAAUGGGUCCAAAUCAAGGUGUCUCUGGCACCCUUCCGUCGAUGGAUAAAUGGUCACUUCGUAAUGGACGCAAAGUCUAUCAUGUUCGAGGUGGGACAGCACGCGAGGGAUCCUCAGGGUCUGUUGUGCAAGUAUGAAGAUCUCAAAAGUUGUCUGUGA